GAAUGUUGGGACAACUCCUAUCUCUUCGCAAACAAAGAGCCCAUAAUUUAUUGUUUCGAAUGGAAUCCUACCAAACUGUACACUGAGAGGAAUCAGCGUCAGAGGAAGAGAGAGAUAAUUGAGAAGAUGAUGAGAAGACGAAAGGCAAUUAUAGUAGGAGGAAGCAUAGCAGGAAUUUCUUGCGCACAUGCUCUCAUUUUAGCAGGCUGGGACGUUGUUGUUCUUGAGAAAUCAAGCUCACCGCCUAAGAGCAGCGCAACUGGUGCUGGUAUUGGAAUUGACCCUUUUUCUCAGCAAACCAUACACUCGUGGAUUUCUCAACCUCACCUUCUACAACACAUCACCAUUCCUCUCACUAUUAAUCAGAACGUAGUGACAGAUGGAGAUAAGAUUAGGAUACUGACAAGAGAUGAAAAAUUUAAUUUUAGAGCUGCUCAUUGGUCUGAACUCCAUGGCCUUCUAUCCAAUGAUCUACCACCUGAUAUAUUUUUAUGGGGUCACCUUUUCCUGUCUUUGCGCAUCUCUGAAGACAAGGCCUCUGUUAGUGUUGAGGCAAAAUCUGUUCUAACUGAUGAGAUCAUUGAGAUAAAUGGCGAUUUGCUCGUCGCAGCAGAUGGAUCUCUCUCUUCAAUUCGCAAAACCUUUCUUCCUGACCUCAAAUUGAGGUAUUCUGGUUACUGUGCUUGGAGAGGGGUUCUUGAUUUUUCAGGAAAAGAGAAUUCAGAAACCAUUCUAGGCAUCAGAAAGUUGUAUUCUGAUUUGGAUUGUUCAUACUUUCACCUUGCCGCUGGAAGUCAUAGUGUGCUCUAUGAACUUCGCUAUGAAAAGCUCAAUUGGGUUUGGUAUGUUCCUCACCCUGAGCCUGAACUAAAGAUAAAUGCAGGGAAAUUCAGUUACCAUGAAAGUAAGCGGCAAUAUGAUACGCAAUUUGCACCAAGAAGCAGAGAAAGUAUGGCAUCCCGAGUUUGUGGAAGUGAUGAAAGAAUCAAAGGAGCCAUUUCUAAAUUUCAUAUAUGACUGUGAUCCUCUAGAACAGAUAGUUUGGGACAAUGUGGUACUCAUUGGGGAUGCUGCACAUCCCACAACCCCUCAUGGUGCAAGAAGCACUAAUAUGG